AUGGACUCCAUUACAAAAAGGGACCCAAAAAUUAAAACACAAGAUGGAAAUUUGGUAUUCUGUGACAAGGACAACCAAUGUAACACGAAUGAUCCACCUACAGAUAAUAUUACAAUUUAUGAAAAUGAUAAAUGCUUGGUUCCCAUAUUCAAGUAUAUAUCAUUAUUUGAGAAGCCAAAACUUGCAUUGGUUUGCAAGAAUUGGAAGAAAGCUCUUGUUAAUUCAUGGUGUGAUGAAAAAAAAAUUGAAUUAAAUUAUUGGAAAUGUGAUGAUACCUCGCCUUGGAGUGGCAAAGUAAAUCUUUUGGUACCAUUGAUAAAUCGAUGUGGUAUUUAUUUAAGAGAAUUAAAUAUAUUAGCCUAUGAUGAUUCACAAAUAAUGCCGUUGAUUAAUGAAAAUUGUGUUAAUCUCGAAAAACUUCAAGUGAGAUUCAAACAUGUUAAAAAUGAACAUUUUGAAAAUGCAUUUUCACAUAUGUCUAAUCUGAAAACUUUGAAGAUUACAUUUCAAUGUGAAUCAAGUGUACCAGAAACAUUUAUUGAGUCAUUGAAAAAUGUUGCUGGUUCCUUAAAUCAUCUUUUUAUUGCAAAUUGGGAAAUGCCUUUUUCACACUCAAUAUACAUACCAGGCUCAUUCACUGCUAUCUUUGGUGAAUUAAAAGUUUUGAAUCAUUUUGAGGUGUUUGGUUACAAAAUGGCUUUGUCAACGAUAGUAGCAGCAACACGUAAAAAUAACGAAUAUAAGCUUCUAUUUCAUUAUGAUCAUUGGAAGUAUUGGCGUUCAACCGUAUACACAGAUAUGCCUUCUACACAAUUAAAUAUAAAAGAUUUUACACACUUGUUGUUUCAUCUCCAUGUUCUAGCUACAGAUGAUUUAUUGAUUAAUCUCGCAAAUACUGCUGACAACUUAAAAGCUUUAAAAAUAUCCGGUGAUAUUGUAACAGAUAUGGGUAUCAUUGCACUUACAAAAAUGAAAAAAUUAAAACACUUAUUAAUUGUCACAAAUAAUCCAAAUGAACUCAUCACUGAUUCUUCAGUUGUAUUAUUUCAAGACAUGACCGAAUUAUGCUUUUUAGAGUGCUUUAAUCUUACUGAUUACUCACUCAUUAAAGCUGUUGAAAAUUCACCAAGAUUAAUGUCCCUUGCUUGCCCUAGAAGCAAAAUAACUUAUGAGGGAAUCAAAAAGAUAGGAGACAUAGCGACAGCUCGUAAAUCUGAAAAACCUUUAUAUUUGAGUACUUCUCUUGGAAACCAUAAUGGUAUUUUCAACGAUCCAUUUUAUCGAUCACCAUAUUUCAAAGUUUUUUCACGAGGUCCGGAAAAAGUAAAUUAUGAAAUCUAUCCAGCCAAAGGAGCAACGAAAUUCAAAGGAACAUGCAAUACUUUUUUUUUGAACUGUUAAAUCCAGUCAAUAAUAAGAAAAAGUUAUCUUAUUAUCACGAUUAAACUGAUGAUUAUCCAAUUUAAAUAAAUUGUUUCAAGCCAUUAUAAUAUAAGUAAUGAUAAUUCACGUAUUAUUUUUUGAUAAACUCUGUGUUACGAAGUUUAUAAAUUAAAAAUGAUAAUAACAUGUUUGUCAAAAGUAAUACAAUGUUCUUUUUCCAAAUACAUAAAAUAAAUAUUUAAUAUUACAUCUGAUAAUUACGUAUAUAAUCAAACUAAUAAAUAAGUUAAGUAAUAUUGAAAUUUUAUUUUUAAUGUUAGAUUAAAAAUGUAAAAAAAAAAAAAAAAAUGCAUUUGUAUUCAAAAAAUUUCAAAUAUUUCAAGUGUCUCUCAACUUUUUUUUUCUUAUUUACUAUUAUUUUUUUCUAAUUGUUGUAUGAAACUUAAUAAAAAAAAAAAAACA